AGCGAGAUGAAAAAUAUUUUCAACUCAAUGUCAAAUUUGUUGACAAUGUCAAUGUCAUUCACUGUGUCAUGUCAUCACAGGACAAGAAAGAAAGGAAGGCAAGGCUAUCAUAAAUCAAACAAAAGUUAUGUACUACCUGCAUAUUUAUAAUAAUUGGACUGUAUUAGCCAAAAGUGGUAAUCUUUUAUGGAGUUUUUAGUACUGAUAUUGUUCAUAACGUAUUCUUUUAAAACAAAAUGAAGCCAGAAGCUGCGAAAGAAGAGCCGGCGUCGGCGGCCCCUGUUGCUGGAGACGUCAUCGGAAACACCGCAUAUAGCGAGCGUUUCGUGCUCAAGAUCCUGCUAAAACUCGCUAAUUUGGACACACUCAAACUUGAACUCGAAGAGAAAUCCUUCGAAGAUGAUCUCUGCACGCUUUGGGACAUGACCGCCGAAAGAGACGUUGUGUUAUUUUUACAAAAACACGACAUGCUGAACCUCAUCAAUUUCGCCCUUCCAACAAUAGAAUCACCGCGAUUGAUAGAAAUAUUCAUCGGAAUUAUAGGGAAUAUGUGUUGUCAGAUUGAGGUUGUAUCCGUAUUCCUAAAAAUGGAAGGUUUUCUAACACAACUUUUAGAGUUCAUCAAAACAGACGAUAGUUUAGUUCUGAUUCAACUAUUGCGAUUAGUCAAUUCCAGCUUGUUUCUUGUUGAUCACAACAACGUUUGUAUUUGGAUGGGGUUGUUCAAAAAGAUUGAGUAUUCAAGUGCUUUGUACUUCAUCCUCAAGAAUUCUUCUAACAAAGAUCUUAUUGUGACUGCUUUAGAGAAUAUUAAUACAAUAUGUUCAUAUUGCAAUACAGAUAAAUGUAGAGUGGAUUUUUUUACUCAUUUUGUAACAUCUGAUGCUCUUGACUCACUAGCUGCUGCACUGACUGAGAUAAUCACCAGCCACAGAAGUUCAAUUCAGCGAGACGAGUUAGAAAGAGUUCUCAUAAUUAGUUUACAGACCACACUCAAUCUGGUCGGUUUUGAUAAAUCAAAAGAAGUAUUUAGUGAAAGCAAGGGGACUGUGGCAACAAUAAUUAAUAUUAUGCUUAAAUAUUACCAGAAUAAGAUUGUAGAUCUUAAGGAAGUUGAUUCAGAUCUAGUUGACUUGAUAGAUUCCACAAAUACAAUAAUCAGUACUCUUAAAGUUAGCGAAAUAUGUAAACCUGAGAAAUUCUUUAUACCUAGUUUUAAGAUUUUCAAAACUUUGAGACUUAUUGUAAAUGAGGACCUGAAUGGAGUGUCUUCUUUUGAAGAAGAUGAUAAGGAAGAACUAAUGCAAUUUUCGAAACAGAUCAAAUGUCCGUUGAGUACAUUAUUGUGUAUUUAUUUAGGUAAUUGUUCAAAUGAGAACUUUAGCAAGGCUCUGGACUUGAUUGAGACUGAUUAUGAUGAUAUUGUUAAGUUGGUAAAGGAUAAGGAGAUCAAAGAUCUGGUUUGCAAAAGAGCAGCCAAUCAUAGGACAAGAUUAAAGGAAAAUGUAGACUCGUAAAAUUAAAUACAUGUUA